AUGUACCAUGGGGCGCCUCGGGACCGCGGGGACAAGCGCCAGCGCCUCACGCCCCCGCCCAACGAAGUGUGGAUGGAAGCCAUCAUGAGCAAGGGCAAGACACAAGAUGGCUACAGUGCGGCGCCCGGCGGCGGCGUGAGCUCCGCCCCGUCUUCAGGCGCCGCUCGGCAGGGACGCGACAGGCCGGCGCCCGGCGGCGACUGGGAGGGACCCCCACCGUCCUCCGCGGCCUCUGCUCCGAUGCAGUUCCAGCAGUACGCUGCGGGGUACGCUGGAAGGCCGGUAGAACGCCCUGCGCCCUACCAGGGGAGAACGGCGGAGCCUCCCGCUGCGUACCAAGGGAGAAUGGCGGAGAAAGCGGCGGGGUAUGCCGGGAUACCCCCCAUGGACGGGUACCAGGGGAGGCCCCCCGUGGAGGGCCCUACCCCGUACCCCCAGAGUAGAACGAUGGAAUACCAAGCGAGGAUGAACGACUCUGGAGCAGCGGCGUAUCAAGGGAGGACGAUGGAAGCGGCGGGAUACCAAGGUAGAAUGGAUACCAAGGUAGAAUGGGCGAGGGACCUGUGGGACCUGCGGGAUACCAAGGCAGACAGAACGAUGGACCCGCGGGGCCUGCAGGAUAUCAAGGCAGACCAAACGAUGUGCCAGCGGGGUAUCAAGGCAGACCGAACGAUGGAGCGCCGGGAUACCCGGAUAGAACGCCGGACGCAGCUGCAGGCCGAUGGAGACCGGCUCGUCCGGGACUGGGAAGCUGGCGGAGGACUACAAGAGAGAGAGGAAGCUGCCUCCCCGAGUGGAGGAAUGCUGCGCGAGCAAGUGAAUCUGGACGAGUCGGUGCUGCACGACGCGUUCGCAGUGGCGAUGGAGGACUUGAUCCCGGAAAAGGAGGCCAACUUUGUGGCGAAGGGGCUGUGCCACUUGUGCGGAGUGGGCGAGAAUCACUUUGUGCCAGUGGUGAACUUUUGCCCGCACGCUGACGAGAACCACUCGCUGUGUCGCGAGCACUUGCGCAGUGUUUACAGGGUCAGGAUGGAGGCGCUGUUCGUCGGCCGGAACGGAUCUGCGCCCAACCGACGUCUGCUGCGCUGCCUGAUUUGCACGCACGGAUGCCCGUGCACCGGAUGCACGGCAGGGAAGGAGAAGGAGGUGCAGAAGUACAAGCGCUAUCUGCUGGAUACGCUGCGUCGCAGUGGACAGGGCUCAGUGCCUGCGGGGUCAACCGAUCGCGCUGCUGCUGCUAAUGCUGCUGCUGCCGCCGCUGCGGCCGCUGCUGCUUCAGCAUCGACUUCCGAGGGGCGACCGGCCUACAGCAGUGCCCAAAACAUGGCUCCCAGCGAGGGCCGACCCGCACAUAGCAGUGCACAAAGCGCGACUUCUAGCGACGGACGUCCCGCAUACAGCAGUGCUCAAAGUAUGGCACCUAGCGAGGGACGGCCGGCAUACAGCAGUGCUCAAAGCAUGGCUCCUAGCGACGGACGACGUUACGCGCAAUACCCUCCCACCUCGUCAGCGGAAGGCCGUCCUCCUAUUCAGCGCGACGGGUUCUCGGCUCGCAAUGCGGAACCAGGAAAGCCGGUUGAAGGACGCAGACAGAUGCAGCAGACUCAGCAGCCCGAGUAUGAGCAGUACCCGCCAGAUGAGCGAAAUCGCUCCGAAGAUUAUACCAGCAUGCAGGCUCAGCAGAAGUCUCCGUCGAAGUACCCUCCCGUUCCGAAGCGAGCGGCCAAGGAUGCGCCCGCUGAUAUGCUCACAGUGAUGGCUGAUAGCGCGCAAGCCACUGAUACCCGAGUUGCCGCUGCGAAAGCUGCUUCACCGCGUGUUCACCCAAGCUCUGUGGAUUCCCCUUCAGCGGCUACUGUUAUGAAUUGUGCUGAAUCGGAACAGUCUCUGGUUCGGCUGUUGAGUUCGCUGAAUCAAAACGGAACACCAACGACCUCGGCAGCGAUGGAUGCUAGCGGCCAGCCCGCUGGUAAAGACGGCAGUCAGCCCCCGAGUGAAUCGCGCUACGGUUCGAAUGGGAUUGCGCCGAGGACUACAAACAGCGGGAAUGCGCAAGCUUCUAGCGAGGCGGAGGCGUCACCUCGGGUGUUUGCUCCGCGUGGUAUCGCCGACAGGCGCUGCCAAACAGACAGCCCGUACCAGGAUCAAUCGUCCACCAGCUUAAUGGACUCGGGUGAUAGCACUCCGCAUGAGCGUUCGAAGACUGGCGGCGUGCGGCCUCUUGACGUGCUGAAGACACGCAAGCGGAAGGCAAGUGACAACGUCGACGAAGAAAGCGAGGCGCAGAAGCACAGUGCUAGUGAUAGCGAUGGCGAGGACAGUGCCGCUCCACGUGACUCGGACGACGUGAGAUCACGAGCAGAUUCGUCGGCCUCACACCGCGACACAAGCGCUGCUGAAAAUGAAGAUAAAGAACACGAGGGUCGACACGAAACGCAGUCGAGGCCGUUGCUGGUCACGAAGCGAGACGAUCGUGAAAGCGCUGCGAAAGCGGAGAGCCACGCUACCCAUACACCGCAGCCGCAGCCGCAACCGCAACGUCGUGGGCCCGGACGCCCACGUAAGGACGGGACUCCUGCUAUGCCACGCGCGGAAAGGAAGACUUCGCAAGACCGUAAGCAUACCCCGCCCCCUAAGGCGAGAGGAAGAGGUAGGGGCAAGGGCCGCGGCCGCGGCAAACGUGCUACUAAACGCCUCAAGCGCGCGAAGAAUGACGACGAAGACACAGAGGACGAGGCUUACGACGAAGAAGAUGAAGACGAAGACGACGAUGGUUCAGACAGCGAGCUGGACUCCAACCUAGAUUUCUGCGAGGUUUGCCAGCGCGCUGGCGACCUGGUGUGCUGCGAUAAGUGCCCGCGCUCCUACCACUUGAAGUGCCUGCACAUGACGGAGAACGACCUGCCUGAGGGCGAUUGGCAGUGCGCCGAGUGCAAGAAACCGUCAAGGUUCGACGCGUACUCCGUGGCGGUGGCUUCAGAGCAGAGCUUGCUGGACAGGUGCCUGAAGAUCGUGGAGUGCCUUAAGUCGCAUCCUUUCUCGAAGCCGUUCCUCACGCCUGUGGAGAACGUGCCACUCUACACGCGCGUGGUGAAGCAGCCGAUGGAUUUGUCCAAGAUCGAGAACAAACUAAAGAAGGGCGCGUACAUCGUGGACAGCAACACUGUUGCUGCUGGCGUGAAGGAGCUGGACUCAACUCACUUCGCCAACGACAUCCGGCUCAUGUGGUCCAACUGCAAGCUGUUCAAUGACGAUGGAUCGGGUAUCACGCGCGCGGCCGACAUCCUAUCGGCAGGUUUCGAGCGACUGUACAAAGAGUCCAUCCAACCGCCGCUGUCUUCGUCGAGUGAAUUGGAGCGAGCGGAAGAAAACACUUCACAGAGGCAUCGAAGCAACUGGAAGUGA